AUGUACUUUCAUCGUGUUGCGGCGGCACCGGAAACACCGCGUCACGAGAUCUGUCACGCGAACAUUCUAGAAAAUUGUUUGCCAAGUCCAAUUUUAAGUGAAACUUUUCUAUCACCAGGAAUUCCCAUCGAUUCAUCACAAAUCACAAGUAUCAGAUCACGAACAUGCAUUCUCAAAGAAAACGACGCGGAGGAGGAGGAGGAAACAUCUUACCUCUGGCGUCUAGGUAUCUGGCCAAAAGGUACCACCACAAACCCUGAUCACCUUGCUACAAUGUUAAUUGGCUACAAAACGGCAUAUGAACUCUCGCGGGGUAUCACGAAGCGAAUUGUCAAUUACACACUUGAUCUUUUUCGCGUGAUCAAUAAAGAUUCUGAGAACCCAGAGUUAAUCGCGACUCGAUCUGAACCACUCGGAAAAUUCUUUUUCGGUCGUGAUCGAAAUUAUCAUAAUCGAUUUUUGACAUUUGCGAAAUUCAAUGAUAUUUUUGGAAAUCGUGCAAAGAGAAAGAGGUGUGACGAAGAAUCUGUUGAUUUGAUUUUAAGGGUUAGAUUCGAACGAGAAAAUAAUGAGAAUGAUAUAAAUAAUAGAUAUUAUAAUCCAUUAAAUAAGAUGAUGCAGAACUCUACAAUAACACCACAAAGUAAUAAUCAACUACCGUGUCAAAGUUCCGAUUACUUGAAUGACGAAACAUUUUGUGACGUUGAAUUUAUUUUAGAUUGUGGACGACGUGUAAAAGCACAUCGACUAGUACUUGGCACCGCUUCUGCAUAUUUCAAAACACUAUUUACCGGCGGAUUCCUAGAAUCAUUUCUUUCCACGAUUCCAAUCAAAGACGUUACAUACUCUUCAUUCCAAGCGAUAAUCAAUUACAUUUACACCGGCAAUCUGAAACGAAAUCUCCCGCUCGAAGCGCUAUUCGAGAUUCACUCAAAGGCCGACAUGAUGGACAUGGAAAAUCUCCAGAAAGCUGUUGAGUCGCGAUUGAAGUGCCUCGGAAAAAGCAAAGAUUGGGAUCGAGUGUUGGUGUUUGCGUGGCGGAUUGGCAAUGUCGCAUUGAAGAGGGUCGCGUUGGAGUAUAUCUCGGAUAAUUGGGAGGAGGUAAGAAAGAGUGUAAAUUGGCGAGAUGUGGUGGCUUGUGGAGAUCAGGAGUUGGUUGAUGAGGUUUAUUCGGCAAGUUUCUUUGGUGUAAAGUGA